CAGAACAAAACCUGACUAGAAGUGAUCAUGAUUUUAAAAAAACCAACCCCUUCCCUCAACUCACUACCUGGCAGUUUUAUUUCUAUUCCCUUGCAGUUUUAGGAACACAAAUCCAAAUCUAUUGGACUAGCUCUAGUGAUACUGCCUAAACUAGUUGUGUUGCACUGUCCAAGCUAAGUGAAAUGGAAAACACAAAAAGUGGGGAGAAGUAAAUGACUUUCAAAUUCUGUUUUAAUGAAACUCCCACGUGUUAUAUAUCAUAAGUAAGGACUAAAGAAUGUAUUGCAGGCAAGAGUAACAAACUGGUAUUUGUUCAAAUGUAUUUGAAAACAAGACAGGUAGUUCCUAGCUUUUAUGAAGUAUGUUUCUUUGGUCCAUGUGCUUUGGGACAUGGGUUGUUAUAAUUUAUGCUGUCCUAAUAUGAUUUAUCUUGUAUGGAUUAAUGUCUUCAUUUUUUCCUCAGUGAGAUGCCUCCCAGCUGUUGUUAAAGGAUGUUACAAGGUCAGCACGUUGCUAAAGAGUAAAGCUGUGGAUGCAGAAGGAAAAGUUUUACAUUCGAUCCUUUAUGGUUUCCACAACAGAAUGUCUCACCAUAAAACCUAUUUGUCUCUGAAACAGGUAGAACAAUGCUUAAAGCGUUUAAAUCAGAUGAACUUGAUGGGCUCCAUUCAAGAUCUGGCGGAGUUGUGUCCCAAGAAAAGUAAAUCUGAAAAUGCAGGGGAGUGCUUAGUUCCCAGCCAGCCUGUGAUAGAAGUGGUGGCGGUGAAGAUCUUGGGAGGCUGCAAGCUCUUGCUGCGCUUACUGGAGUGUUGCUGCAAAGCAUUUGUCCUGUCUGUUAAGCAUCUGUGUUUGGAAGAAUACAUCCUCUUGAACACUGUGGUUUCGGGAUUGUUGAGCAGAUUAUGGAUUCUUUAUAGGUGUGUAUUACAAAGCCUCAUUUCUUUAUAUGGGGUGUUGUCUGGGUUGCUGCAGGAGGUGUCCAGGACCCAGCAGAUGCCUUAUAUUAAGGGGUUUACCUUCCCUUCUGAAAUCACUGAGUUUCUGGGACCCCUUUAUUUGGAGAUUAAAAAAAGACCUAAAGUACUUGCAACAAAAAAGGCAACUGGAUGGCUGAACAAACUGUUUGCAGGGCCUGCAGUAGCAUCCAGGUGCAGUAAAGAGAGAGGCCUGGCAGCUCCCACAAGGUGCAGCAAGAUGACCAACAUCCAGCGCCCCAUUGACAUUGGGAAGCCGGUUCUGGUGAAGAGAGCAAACAGAGGGAAGCAGUUGGGAUUUGACAUCAAGACCUUAUGUAGGCAACUUAAACCCAGAAUCCAAGAGGAAGUAGACUUCAGGCUAACGCUUUCUGAAGCAAAAGCAGUGAGAUCCCAGCAUGCCAAAUCCCUUGUGUUGCGGUUUAGAGAAGCCUGCUCUUUUGGAGAACUGUCUGAAGCACUCAAAACCGCCAUUCUCCACUGCAAAAGCAAAAAGCUCAAGUCAGAAGCUUUCUUUCUGGGAACCAAACUUUUGAAAAGCAAACGGCUGCACCAUGUGGAGGCUCAGGGCUGCAGCUUACAGAAAAAACUGGGCUGUGUUAAAGCAUCUAUCUGCAAAUACCUUCUCUCUGGCUUGCAAAAGGCACGUUGGCCAAAGCAGUACCGCAGAGCAAGUUCCUGGCAGCAAAGGAAGAUCAAACUGUCCAGAAGGUCAAAAUCUGUCUCAAAGAAGACUCCAGAGUUUGUUCAACAAAACACUCCCAGCCUUUCUGAAGACAGUAUGCCUGGUGCUGCGUCCCUCUAUCCUUCUUGGCAGUGUGAGCAUUCACUUCACCUAAGAAAAGCAGGAGACUGUAGCGCUACCAAGCAUGUUGGAGAACAAGACAAAGUGGGGACCUCUGAACCUGUGGCGUUGGAAAGAAACCCUGGGCCUACAGUGAAAGGGACUAGUGAGAACGAUGAUAUUGAUGACAUUUUUGCAGUAAUGGGUGUAUAACACUGGUGCGAUGAUGUGGGGGUGAGUCACUGUAGUACAGAGGUCCCCCAAACUGUGGGGCACACCCCCCAAGGGUAGGUGUGGAGGAACAUUUGGGGGGGCAUAGUGAUGCCCAAGCCAGCCCCCAUGGGGAGUGGGGAAAAGAGCGCCACCCAACCCCGCUCCAAUCCCUCUGCUCUGGCCCCAUGCGCAGCCUCAGUUCUGCACC